UUGGAGACGAGACACCUCCCCCGACUGGACGGACCCACCUGUAGAGCACCUGCCAAGCGACGGCCGACUCUGCGGUACUCGAUUGCCGCACCCCCGACCGAUUGCCCGACCGAUAGAACGACGAGCACAACGACGAUGGAUUUCGCCGCGUUGAUGUCAAAGGAGCUGGAUAAAUCCAAGGGGUCCAGCUCCUCGUCUUCCUCUUCGAAAUUCAUCAAGCGCGCCGACGUCGAAGCGAAGCGGAAGGAGGAGUACCUCGCAGAGCAGGCACGCAUAGAAAAGGAGCGCGAGGCCAAGGCCGCCGCGAAGCGCAAGCGCGAAGACGAGGCCGCGGAGGAGAACAAAAUCCGCGAGGAGAAGAGACAAAGGCUGGCAGAAGAGUCACGGAUACGGCGCGAGCAGCAAGAGGCGGAGGAGGAGCGCGCGCGGCGGCGCAGGCUGGGCCUCCCGGACCUCGUCAAGGCCAGCAGCGAGGACGUCACGGAGCUCGAGGACGGGAUGGAGGACGUGCCGGACGAGGAGCUGGUCGAGAAGCUGCGCGGCAUGGGCGAGCCGGCGACGCUGUUCGGGGAGAGCCACGCGGCGAGGCUGAGGAGGUACAGGAGGCUCACGACGGUGGUGACCAAGGGCCCGAUCCCGACGACGCUGCAGCUGGUGGAGGAGAAGGACAUGAAGGUCGAGAGCGCGGUGCCCAAGGACAAGGAGGGCAGGAGGUGGCUGUUCCGACAGCUGGCGUCGUACUUCACCAUGGUCCUCACGGAGUACGAGAAGGCGAUGGAGCAAGAGCGCCGGGACACGACGGCCAGCAAGACGGCGUACAGCGCCAUGGUGCAGAGCCGCGAGAACCUGAAGCCGCUCUUCCGCAAGUUCGAAAAGUACGACCUGGACGACGACCUCCUCGCGCCCAUCGUCGAGAUCGUCCAGGCCGCCCAGGAACGCCGCUACGUCGACGCCAACGACGGCUACCUCCGCCUCUCCAUCGGCAAGGCCGCGUGGCCCAUCGGCGUGACCAUGGUCGGAAUCCACGAGCGCAGCGCGCGCGAGAAGCUCCACGACGGCGAGCGCGGGCACGUCAUGGGCGACGAGGUCACCCGCAAGUACCUGCAGAGCAUCAAGCGCCUGCUCACCUUUGCGCAGGUCCGCUGGCCGCCCACCGACGUGCGGCAAUUGAUGGGAUGA